AUGAGUCCUCAGGGCGUGAACCGCAAAAGACCGGCUCCCGGCACUUCUCCAGUUGUUCAGCCGCAACUAGGCUCAGUGAAUUAUCCUCCCAACUCUGGUUCCCAGCUCUCAAACGACCAAUUUCUACAAUGGGGUCAAAACCCUUCCCCCACCAUCGCCAACCCCUCUUUUACCGACGCGAAUUCUUACAAUCCCACCUACUCAAGCCAAAAUGCCCCCUCCUCCACAGUCACUGCAUCAAACCAGCUUGCGCGAAGGCAAACACCAAACCAGCUGGUCAGCAGGAAUCGUGGACAUGAACAGACGCUGACAUCGUUGCCAGAAUCUGGUGCCAAUACUGGAGAAUCUGGGGGGUGGGGGGAGAGCUUAGAUGAGCUUUACCAGCGGGCACUGGUGGCGAAAAAGGAUGCGCAGGCUAAAAGGAAACAAAUUCCACCAUUUGUGCAGAAACUGAGCAGUUUUCUGGACGAAUCUAAGAACACGGACUUGAUUCGAUGGUCUGACGACGGGAAUUCUUUUAUUGUAAUUGACGAAGAUGAGUUCGCGAAGACAUUGAUUCCGGAGCUGUUCAAACAUAACAACUAUGCCUCCUUUGUUCGUCAGCUGAACAUGUACGGUUUUCAUAAGAAGGUGGGACUUUCGGACAACUCGAUGCGCGCCAGUGAGCGAAAAAACAAGAGCCCUAGCGAAUACGCGAAUCCUUACUUCAAACGUGGGCACCCUGAUCUUUUGUGGCUGAUCCAGAAGCCCAAGAACGCCACAGGGCAGGGGCCCAAGUCAGGAAAAACCAAUGUACGCGUGAAGACCGAGGAGCCCGAUGAUUAUGACAAUGAUGACUAUGAAGAUAGCACAGGGGUAUCACGGGAUGAUCGCGCCCGCAAUCGUCAACUGUCCCUGGUUACAAGUAGUGUAAUGCCGAAAGACCAGCUGGCCGGGGUUUAUCGAGAGCUUCAGACCAUUCGCCAACAACAGCAGGUAAUCUCCAACACAAUCAGUAAGCUACGGAGAGAGCACGAGCAACUAUACGCGCAGGCAGCCAAUUUUCAGGAACAACACACUCGGCAUGAAAAUUCCAUCAAUGCCAUCCUAACCUUCCUGGCAACAGUCUACAAUCGCAGUCUCCAAGGACAGGAAGGACCGCAAAAUAUCGCCAACACAUUUGCCGGGGCUAUCUCCCAAGACCAAGGCAAUGUGGUCGAUAUGGCAGAUAAUUAUUCGCUAAGCACCCUAGGUGCUCCUAACGUGGGAAGCCCUGGGGGGCAGCGGUCCAUGAAAAAACAGCCAUUGCUUUUGAAAGCACCUCCAGCCACAGCCACAGGGUCACAGAGUCGGGCAGCAACCCUUUCACCUUCCGUUGGUACAUAUGACCGCCCACAACCGCGAGGUCAUGUUCGCCAGUCAAGUGCAUCCCAACACGGCCAUGUCGAGGAAGUCUUCGAUAACAGCCCUCGGCAGGAGGAGCCACAACCGCAUCAGACUCAGCAGUACCCCCAGCGAGAUAUCAUGUCUGUUAUCCAAAAUUCGAACGCGCAGAACGGGGUUCCGACGACGAGUUUCUCCGAUUUUCCCAACGUGUUAUCGUCGCUUGAAACUUCCGGUGGCAAUGUCCCUCUUACUCCGAAUCAACGUGCAGAUAUGCUCCGUCUUAUGGCCAACGAAUCUAACACAGACAACUCUCACAAUAUACCUAUAGCAAACAACGCUCUUAUCACACCAACGCCACCUCCGAUGCUGCACAAUUAUUCGAAUCGCCUUGCCAAUACCCGUGCAGAGAUUGACAACUUAGUGAAGAUGCAAGCGGAACAAGACCGAUCAGUCCAGAAUUUAACCAAUCUGCUACAGCCACUCAGCCCCACGGGAACUAUUCCUGGAAUUGGUGCUGACGGAAGUGUCCCUCCACCUCAACUGGAUCUUGAUCAGAUGUUCAGUAAUGAUUACUUCACCGAUGUUGCAGACCUUGAGCAAAACAAGCACAACUACUCGAUGCCCGCCCCGGCAGAGCCAGCCACCACAACUGCUGUUGAUGAUAGUGCCAUCGAAGAUGCCAAUGACCUGUUUGACUUUGAUCAUAUUCCCGGUGACGGCGAAUUGUUCGAUGGAAGCAACCAGCACCAACAGAACGCCGGCUUUUUCAGUGGCUUGGAUUGCAGCGGUUACGACAGCAAUGUGGGUGUCGGAGGAGAUACUCAGCUGCCAGUUAACGAUGAUUCCGGCAGGAUCGUUGAGACAUUCACUGAUAGUGAGGCGACCAGUCCCGCUAAUACUGUGGACGAACCGGUCCCGUACCCAGGGCCCAUCGGAAGCGGCGAUUCACAAGGAGGCAAGGGAAAUGGUGCUAACGCAAAGCGGCGCAAGAAGGCUUGA